AUGGGGAGUUACAUUUUCAGUAACUUUCAUGACUAUUUUAUCACUUGGAGCGUGAGAGAGGAGAGUCAUUUGAGGUUUGAGAAUCUAAGACAAGACAAAUUAUCUAUUACAGAAUAUGAGGAUCAUUUUUACCAAUUGUCUAGGCAUGAUUUGGCCAUUAUUCCAGACGAGACAGAGAGGAUCCGUAGAUUUGUGAGGGGGCUGACUUUCUCUAUCAGAUUGGCUGUGUUUAGGGCAUCUCGAGAAGGGGUUUCCUUUCAGUCCAUUGUGAGCGCCGCCAAAGAGGUAAAAUUGAAGGAGAGAGAGGAGUUUGGGGACCCUAAGAGGGCCUGUACAUUAGGUCAGUUUUAUGGUGCCUCAUGUGGAGGCAGGGGAUCACAUAUAGGGGAUCGUACGGUUCAUAGCAGUGACCCACAGGGCGAGGCAAUUAUUGUGGGUUUUCAGGAUCCGCACAGCAGUUCCCGAGGUAGAGGUCGAGGCAGAGUUCAGUCAGGUAGAAGUAGUAGAGCUUCUAGUAGCGGUUGUGUAGCUCAGCAGAGUGGGGGUAAAGGUACCACUCAAGCUGGAGGUGGCAUAGGGGCCCACUGUUAUACUUUAGCAAGGAGAUCCGAGGCGAAGACUUUUGAUGCUAUUAUUAUAGGUAUCAUCCCAGUAUGUCAUCGAUCUGCAUCUUUAUUGUUUGAUCCGGGGUCUACUUUCUCUUAUGUGUCUACAUAUUUUGCUGUUGAAUUUGAUAUGAUAUGUGAUAGCAUGCUUGUACCUAUUCACGUUUCUACACCCGUGGGUGAGCCCUUAGUGGUGGAUCGAGUUUAUCGAUCCUGUCUUGUUUCUUUGGUGGGGUGUUCCUCCUAUAGGGAUAUUGAUUUUGCUAUUGAGUUGGAGUCGGCAACUAAGUCCAUUUUUGUUCCUCCCUACCGUAUGGCUCCAACAAAGUUGAAGGAUCAAUUGCAGGAUUUAUUGAUGAAGAAUAAGUAUCCUCUUCUACGUAUCGAUGACUUAUGUGAUCUGGUACAAGGAGCAUCAUUGUUCUCUAAGAUUUAUUUGAGGUCCGAAUAUCAUCGGUUGAAGAUUAGGGCAUCAGAUAUCCUUAAGACAUCUUUUCAGACUCGAUAUGGGCAUUAUGAGUUUCUAGUGAUGUCCUUUGGGUUGACUAACGCCCCUGCAACAUUUGUGGAGUUGAUAAACGGGGUGCUUCGACCAUAUCUUGAUUCUUUUGUGAUUGUCUUCAUUGGUGAUAUUUUGGUUUACUCUAAGACUGAGGAGGAUCAUGUUCGACACUUGAGGAUUGUACUUCAGAGGUUGAGGGAAGAGAAGUUGUAUGACAAGUUCUCAAAGUGCGAGUUUUGGCUUAAUUAUGUGGCAUUAUUGCGAAACGUGGUGUCCAAAGAGGGUAUUAAAGUAGAUUUGGUCAAGAUUGAGGCAAUUAGAGCUCCAUUGAGUAGAUUGACUCGACAGGGUGUGGGUUUCCAGUUGUCUGAUGACCAUGAGGAGAGCUUUCAAAAGAUCAAGACCUUGUUAACUUUGGUCCCUGUGUUAACUCUACUAGAGAAGUGUGUGGACUUUACUGUACAUUGUGAUGCUUCAGAAGUCGGUUUGGGUGGUGUAUUCAUGCAGAAGGGGAAGGUGAUUUCUUAUGCUUCUAGGAAGUUGAAGACAUAUGAGAAGAUCUACCCUACUCAUGAUUUGGAGUUGGCGGUUGUGGUCUUUAUUUCAGAGGAAAGUGAUGAGAUGAUUACUUUUAUUGAGGCUCGGUCUUCUUUAGUCGAGCUGAUCCGUGAGCACCAAUUUGAUGAUAAGAAGUUAUGUCUUAUUCGAGACAAAGUGUUGAGCGGGGAAGCCAAGGAGGGUGUCUUUGAUUUUUGGUGGUGUCUUGAGGAUCGGAGGCAGGAUUUGAAUGCCUAA